CGAAAAAGGUCAUGGGAUGGUAGGCGAUCAAAGCAACGUAAACAUGGCUAGCCUGGUUUCGUUUCCCGGUUCAAAAUCAUUACUUUUAAUUAUUUUCACAAUUAUAAAUGUAUCAGCUGCAACCGCCGAGGAUUGUAUGGUAGGCGGUUACAAUCUGACGCCUUUACGUAAUUGGGGUAUUUGGCACAUAAAAACACAAAUUUCAGACAGUGAUUUUCAUUUCUACAUCAACCCAUGUGGCUCAGUGCGAAAUGCUGUAGCUGACACCGUGUGUGGUGAUUCUACAUCGUCUGUUUGUAUGCACAAUGUAUCAUCAGACUCAUAUACUAUAAUUGGUAAUUUAUCUGAAACAGCAAAUACAUUUGAACAUAAAGGAGGAUUUCGCAUGGACUUUCAAGGUGCAGUUUGCCCAUUUUCUAAGGUUGGACAGCAGUUUUAUAAUACUAGCAUCAAUUUCAAGUGUGGGAAUAGUUUGGGCUCACCUGUACUGUUAGAGAGCUCGGAGUGCAGCUUCUUUAUUGAAUGGCAUAGCACUGUAGCUUGUAAGCAUGUUGCGCACCAAGCCUUGGGUGAAACCAGGUGUUAUGUGUAUGACAAUAAGAAUAGAAAGCGUGACUUUACUCCAUUAGUCAAGCAGUUGUCAGGAUACUUAACUGUUGCAAGCGGAGACUAUGACUUUUAUAUUAAUGUUUGUAGAAAUAUAGAGCCUGACGGACCAACGGCAUCAUGCCCACAGGAAGCGGCUGCUUGCCGUAUAACUAACGUGACCAAAUCAGAUGGUAAAGUCGAAAGUCAAGGAUUUAACAUGGGAGGAGUUCCUUUUUCAAGAGAGUUUCAGUCCCUGGACGAUGAUCACCAUACCCUCUAUUAUGAGAACAAUGCUAAAGAUAUUCCAGGUUGUAAUGGACACAGCCCAUCUACAACUAUUAGUUUUGUCUGCCCUCGAGAGGGUGCCAGACUAGGAGGGAGUCGAGCACCUGUUGUGACCUCGGAUUAUAACUGUCAGUUCCAUGUUGAAUGGCAGACUGAGUAUGGAUGCGAAACAGAGAUGUUGACAUCAGACACCUGCAAGCUAGAUAAUGAACAAUAUGGCGUAGAUAUUGAUUUGACACCUCUUAAGAAAACUCCUGGAACUAGUGAUCCCAAUUACCGUGUUUCAGCUGCUGAAUAUACAUAUUUUUUAAACAUAUGUGACGAAGCAUGUGGUGGCGAAAAUACUGCUGGAAUAUGUCAGCAAAUAGGUGAUAACCACAUGGUCAAUGCUGGAAAAUUUAGACAAGCGCAAUUGAGAUACACAGAUGGUGAGCUAUCACUGACAUACAAAGGCGGCAAUCCUUGCUCAAGUGGAUUUGAACGAACAUCAGUGAUAACGUUCAAGUGCAAUAACACUGCAGGUAACGGUAAUCCAACUUUUGUCACGGAGGCCUCUUGCACAUAUUUUUUUGAGUGGCAAACACAGUAUGCAUGCCAUGAUCACCCAUUGGACCAAACCUGUCAGGUGACGGUUGGAAGGACACAAUAUGACCUUGGUGCACUUGAGCGAGAAGGACGUAAGAAUUGGGUGGCUCUGAGUCUUGAUGGUGAUGAGAGCCAGGAUGGCACGUUCCUGCUGAACGUCUGCGGAAACAUUAUACGCGACGAUUCAAAAAAUGUAGGGUCAACCAAAUGUGAUGAAACAUCUUCUGCCUGUUUACUAGAAAAAGGGUCAAAGGUUGCUAAUAUUGGGGUGUACAAAAAUUCACCUGUGUUUGAGGACAAUCAUAUCAAGUUAAAAUAUGUAGAUGGCAGUGCAUGUGACAAUGAUAAACAGAAAAAGUCUACCGUCAUAACCUUUUCUUGCAGUCCAGGAGAUCUGGAGAGACCUCCCGUCUUCAUACGUAAAUCAGUUGAUGAAUGCUUGUAUGAAUUUGAAUGGCGAACAGCAGCUGCCUGCCCACUGGCAAAAGUGAAGGGUCACGAUUGUAUUGUUUAUGAUGAUGAAGGAGGAUUUGUCUUUGACCUCUCUCCUUUGAAGGGCAAAGAUUACAAGGUCAAUGUUACAGAUCCUAAACACAAUUAUAACUACUACAUAAGAGUAUGUGGAGCCUUAUCAUCAUCUGAUCACUGCAUUGGUACCAAUGUAGGAGCCUGUCAGGAAAAAAAUGUUGGUUCUGGAAGUUAUAUUACUGGCCAAGCCAACUCUGAUCUUAAUUACUAUGAUGGGAUAUUGAAACUGACUUACUUAAAUGGAGAUGAAUAUAACACACCAGAUGGUCCAGUUCCAAGAAGGACUGAGAUUGCUUUUCUCUGUGAUCCUGAUGCAGUUGAUACAGAGCCUAUGUACAUGUCCGAGGGAAAUUUUACUUACUUUUUUAAGUGGUACACCAAUUAUGCCUGUCCAGCUGAGCCUGUGCAGUGUUCGGUUACCCAAGGCAACCAACAGUAUGACUUGUCAAGUCUGUCAGCUUCCAAAGCACUUGAUGAUGACAAUUGGUCCGUCAUUGAUGACACUGUUCCAGGUCACCGCUACAAGCUCUAUCUUCAUGUGUGUAAGCCUCUUAACCCUGUUGCUGGGUGCGGAGCCCUCAGCUCAUCAUGUAUGGUGGAGAUUAAAGAUGGGAAUGAAAAGGCUGCCAAAAGUAAUCUUGGCAUCUCUAGAAGUCCUCCAAUAGUUGAGAGUGUUGGUCAUGUGAUGCUUACAUACGCAAAUGGUAUAAGUUGCGGAAGCAGAGCCUCAGAAACUCGAAUUCAUUUCAUAUGUGUGAAGGGUUCCCUCGCUACAAGUCCUAGGCUACUUGAGAAAAUUGAUGGGUGCGAUUACAUUUUUGAGUGGGAGACUGAAGCAGCUUGCCCCAUAGACACCUCAACCUCAAGUAGUGAUCAAGAGUGCACAGUUAAGGAUACCAACUCAGGAUACACUUUUAACCUCAACCCACUCAAGUUGAACAAGGGAUAUUACAAUGUUAAUGGUGAUAAUGGAGACACCUUUAAGAUUAACAUUUGUGGCAGCGUUACGGGUGAUCAGUGUAACGGGGCUACUGAUUCUGGAGCAUGCCACAAGCAUGGCGAGAUUAGUAAAAGUCUAGGCAGGGCAUCAUCUAAACUGGAGUAUUCCGAUGAUGGCCACUUGUCGUUAUCCUAUAAAGGAGAUUAUGAUGUUCAUGGGGAAUUGACUGAGGUUGAAAUCACAUUUCUUUGUCGUCAUGAAGUUUCUGGCAAUCACCAUGGCCCAACCUUUCUGCGAAAUGAUGGCAGCAAAUGGUUAUUUAAUUUUGAAACACCAUAUGCCUGUUUACCACAAGCAGUAGAUUGCCUGAUUGCUGACAGCCACGGCAACGAGUAUGACCUCACCCCUCUUGCAAAGGAAGAUGGCAAUUGGGAAGUAGUGGACACCAGAGAAAACAAACGUCAUUUAAGAUACCAUAUUAAUAUUUGUCGUCCUCUAAAUAACAAUGCAGAUUACAAUUGCCCAGGUGGUGCUAUUGGUUCCUGUCAGACCUCCACCACUGGUAAUGCAGCAGACAAGCUUAAUCUGGGAUACAUCCAAUCCAUGCCAGAAGCAGCACCAGAUGGUAGUGUCAGUAUACAGUAUGAGAAUGGAGACAUCUGCAAUGGAAAUGUUCGCUAUAGCACCAGAAUCAUAUUUGAGUGUUCAGAUCGACCUGGCUCACCCGUUCUCCAGGUAGUCAGUAAUGAAUGUGAAUUUGUAUUUUCAUGGCAAACUCCAGCAGCUUGUCCACUGCAGUCGAAUACAGGAAAUAACUGUGUAGUUGAUGAUCCUGAGCUUGGCUUCCAGUUCAACCUCACGUCGCUCUACAACUCAAGCAAAGAUUAUGAAGUUGUUGGGGGCGCAUACCAAUUUGUCAUCAACCCCUGUGGAAAUCUAGUAAGCGGUAAAGGCAGCUGUAACAAACGUGGAGUUGGAGCUUGUCAGCUCAAGAGCUCCGACCCAAAUUUUUCAAAGGUUACAGGAAUGACAAACAGUACAUUAGUGUAUGAAGGAGGACGGUUGAAGCUGAACUAUACUGGCGGUGAACCAUGCCAUGACAAAGUUUACGAGAGGUCCACAUCUUUUGUUUUUUAUUGUGAUAAGACAGCUACAGUGCCUGGAGAACCAAAGUUUAUCGAUGAAACAACUGAUUGUACUUACAUAUUUGAAUGGGCAACGCCAUUAGCAUGUCCACCAUUUGACUUGGUGCAGUGUAGCUAUCGUAGCUCAACAGGCACUCAGUUCGACCUAUCACCGUUAACACGCAUUCACGAUAACUACAAAAUCACACCGUCUUACCAUUCCAAAAACAAGCCUGAUAUCUUUUAUAUGAAUGUUUGCCGCCCCAUUGUACACAGUCAUAACGUUGAAGGUUCAAAAUGUCCGGGAAAUUCAGCUGCGUGCCUACAAACAGGCACACCGGAAAACACCCGUUAUAUUGAUUUAGGGCACAUUAAAGAUCCUCCAUCCUGGAUUAAUAACCACCUUACACUUACCUACGAAGGUGGAGAUCCCUGUAUGCCAUUUGAAAAUUCUGAGGGUAAUUUGUUGAAAAAGACAACCAUUGCAUUCAUUUGUGACAAAGAUUCUGAGGCUACAGGGCCUUCGUAUGCCUACGGUGGAUCCUAUUGCUUCUACCAUUUCAACUGGUUCACUGAGCUAGCCUGUGAAUUGGAGGAAGAAGAUGAUUCAAAUGAUUGUACGGUGACAAACCCAGCAACAGGUUACCGUUUUGACUUGUCCUCAUUGAAGAAGGCUAAUGGUUACACAGUGUCUGGUAGUGAUGGGCACAUCUACACACUGAACAUAUGUGGAGCACUGAGUGGAUCAAAGUGUACUGAUGACAGCAAAAGCUUAGGUGUUUGUCAAGUACAGUCAACUGGUGACAAUCCACAAUCAUUUGAUGCUGGACACUUUAAUCAGCAUCUGUCAUUUGACAGUGGAAUUCUGAUGUUAAAUUACGAAGACGGCAAACCCUGUCAUCAGGCACAGUUUACACGAAGCUCAAUCAUCAACUUUGUUUGUCCACACGAGGAUGGUGUCAUAGGUCAACCGGUGUUUGUUGAUGAAUCACAGGACUGUACUUACUAUUUCUCAUGGCAUACAUCUCUUGCAUGUGAAACCCAGAUUUCUUGUAAAGCAACCAAUGGGGUAGAUACCAUUGAUCUUUCACAUUUAGUUAACGACCAAGGUUACUACCUGGCAACAAAUUUAGAUUCUUCUGAAACGUCAUCAGCCAUCUAUCUGAAUCCCUGUCGACCCUUGAACCCUAUUCCUAGAACCAGGUGUCCACCAAGUGCAGCUGGGUGUGUAGCUAAAUAUGGAGAAAAACCUUUUAGCAUUGGUAAACUAAGUAGCACGCCUGUACUACUUGAAAAUGGCAAUGUGAAUUUAACGUACACCGAUGGAGAUCCUUGCUCAACUGACAAAUCAAGGAAGCUUACAACUGUCAUCAUAUUCUCCUGUGAUCCUGGUACAUCUCAUGGCACUCCUAAGCUGACGAGUAUCGAUAAUUGUGCUUAUCACUUUCUGUGGAUGACUAGUAGUGUCUGUCCUCCAUCCAAACCUGAGAAAACGACUGAGUGUAAAUACAACGCCACCAACUUGGAUUAUGUCUUUGAUUUGACUCCUCUCUCUACAGAGGUCAAAGAGAUUACAAAUGGAGACUCUAAGAAGUACUCCAUUAAUAUAUGCAAAUCUGUUUUUGGUGAUUGUGACGAUGCUGCUGUGUGCUUGACUAGCAGUGGCAAAAAAAUAUCUCUCGGUAAUGUCGCUAGCCAGGAGUUCUCUUACACAGGGCACAACCUUAAGGUCACCUACAGCAAUGGAGCAGUCUGUCCUGUUGGUGAUGGUAAAAGGCACUCGGAAAUAAUAUUUGAAUGUAAUGAAUCAGAAGGACUUGGAAAACCACAGCUUGUCACUUCUGACGACCAAGCCUGCUAUUAUUCAUUCAUCUGGAGGAGCGACAAAGUUUGUCCACCCAUGCAUCGGCCGUGCGACAUAGUAGUGGAUGGUAAACUGUACGACCUCCAUGCACUGUCAAGAUCUACCAGUAGUUGGGAAGUCACAGACAAAGGAAAAAAGUAUUACAUGAAUAUAUGUACAACUAUCAUGAAUGGCCCAAGUGGGUGUGAUCAAGCAGCCUCUGUUUGCAGUGAAGACACUGGGACCAGCACAGUUGAGUCUCUAGGAAUGGAAUACACGCAGCAACUGACUAGUGGAUCCCACAAACCAGAUCUCAAGAUUGUGUUUACAGAAGGCAACAGCAAUGCCUGUAAUAACCAACCCACUGCUACUGAAAUAACCUUUAAAUGUGGCAAUGCAAUUGGCACUCCAAACUUCAAAGGGUUCGUGUCAAGCAGUAGUACUUGUAAGUACACCUUUGAGUGGAUAACCAGAUUUGCAUGUCCUGAAGAAACACGUACUGUUGAGGAGAAAAAUGGAAAAAUUACAAAUCCAGAAACGAAGCAAGUUAUAGAUAUAAGUGAACUAAAAUCAAAACAGUAUACAGUUAAAGAGACGAGACAAGAUACAACGUAUAUAUAUUACAUAUCCUUGGAUGGAGAUGUGAGUGAAAAAUCUGGCUGCACAGGCUCGGCUGUUUGCCAGACAAACCCAAGUGGGAACUUUGUUAGAAACAUUGGCAUGUCUACAUACAAGAAAUUCUACAUCACAGAUGACACUCUUGAGAUGGUUGUUACAAACCCAGACUCAUGCCUCAAGGGGGGUGAUGUCAAUUCUACCAUCAUCUUCCAGUGUGACCAGAGUGUAGGACUGGGAGAACCAGAAUUCCAAUAUGAAUCAAUUAAGUGUCAUUACGUCUUCACAUGGAGGACAGACAAAGUUUGUACCAAAUUUUCAACUGGUACUAGGUCUUUGACAUCUAGAGUUGGUGGAAGUCACAAAAUCAGCAUCAUCAUUGCAGUUUUUACUGUUUUGAUUGUCAUCUGUUGCUUGGCCUUAUAUUUUCAUGAACAUGAACGAAGGUGGGCCUUUGUAAGUAGUGUAAAAAGAUGUUUUAAUGGAGGAUAUUCUAACAUACCAUCAUAUAAAUAUACAAAGCUUUCUGCAGAGGAAGAAGAAGAGGACGAUAGAUCGCUUCUGGAGGAUAUGACUCCUAGAGAGUUAGAGCGCCAGCAUCCACGAGAUUCAUUUUUUAAGGACGAUGAUGAUGAUGAGUUGCUAGGGGAUCUACAUCCAAGUCAGAUUGAUUAUCAUGAUGAGAGCGAUGAAGAACUUCUACCAACUGUCUAACGAUAACUUAUAAACUAGGUUACCAAAAUAUUAAUAUAAAUUAUCAAGAUAGAUGCUAGAAAGCUUUGGGGGAAAAAAUUAAUUGGUUCACACUGUAGUUUGGAAAAACUUAUAUAAAUAUUACAACAUAGGAAUGGAGAAAUAAUAAAAUCAAAUCAUCUACAUUCUUCAAACAUUAGUAUACAGUAGUCCUUCUUCCACUAAUGUAUUUCUGUUUUUCUGAUGUUUUUGGUAUACAAUUUUCUGAGGAAACAAUGUAAACAAUAAUACUACAGUAGAACCCCUCCUUUGGGACAUCCUAUUAGAUGGACACCCCUAAUUUUGGGGACACUUUUUGGUCCCAAGGGAGUUCCCUUAAUAGGGGUUUCUAAUGUACUUAACAUGCAUCGCAAUAGGUCCGCCCAUUUAUACUUGCAUUUAAUUAGGAAGUAUGGUAUUAUCAAGAUUUUAUGUUCUUGAAUAAAUUUUAUUUAUGAAUAAAUUGCACAUGCGAAUUUUGUUGGAUAAUAAGUUUUCAGUUAAUGUUUAAGUCAUCCAGUGUCAUUCACAAGAUUUUGCUUCUCUGACUGUGAUUGUAAAUAUUACGAAAAUAUUUUUAAAAGUUCUACGAUGCAUAUGCCAUGAGCCAUCCUUUCAUGUCUUGUAGAUCUUUACUUCAGUCUUAUCGGCUUUGCAAGUGUUGUCGUCAUUCACCGUUGAAAUUAAGGAUACCAUUUUUUUUUUUUUUUGUAUUUUUUUAUGCUAAAGUUUGAUGAAUUUUGUAGUUUAAAAAAAAUGUGCAAUUCAAGAUUUUUUGAGAAAUUUCUUGCAUUCUUUAAAGCCUUAUGUGCAUUAUGAAUUAUUUAAAUUCUUGUCUUCUAGUCAAUUCUGAAAAGAGCAGUCGAUUGAUGUGUUCAAGUUUUCUUUAAAAAAAAAAAACACAAUUUUUUUUUUUUUGGAUUGUACCAUGAAUUGCAUUGAAGUAAACAGAAGUACUGUAUAUGUGAAUUUUGUAGUACUACUGGUACACUGUAAGAUAUGUAAGAUAAAAAAGGAAUUUAAAGCCAAGAAUAUUUUUUGUGCAUCUUUUGUGAAUGGCAUCUUUUUGUGACUUCCAUGAGGCAAAACAUUAAACUGCAGAAAUUCAAACAUCCACAUAAGAAAUGAUGAUUGUCGAUUUCUUAAAUGGUACUGCAUAAAUACAACCGAUAUUAAAUUUUGCCAGCCUCCUUUUUUAGGAACUUACCUCGAGAGAGUAAUGGAAUUGUCCGGCACAACAACAACACAGCAAUACGUUAUAGUCCUUGAUGUAAGACCCAUAACUGCGUAAGAUUUUAUAGAAAUUUAUGGCCCAAGCAUGAUAUGCGAAGAUAUACACCUGUGUAUUAUGUGUUUUGCAGCAAUGUUUUCUAUUCCAAUAAAGAAACAAGCCUUGAGGAGUACAUAGAUUUUGGAAAUUGCACUGGAAUGCCUUUAAAAUAAUUUUUUGUCCGUCGAAAUCCCGUUUUUAAAUCGCAGAUGUUUAAAAAAAAAUAAUGUAUAUAAAAUUAGCACAAGAGUCACAUGGUAAAACAAUGUGAUCUGUUUGUUUUUCUCAUAUUUUUAUGUGUUACGAAAUUUCAAUGCGCAUCAUGAUUGCAUCUCUACAGAGAAAAGGUGAAAGUGAGACCUUGGGAAAAAAACUUUUAAGAACUAGCAAACAAACAUUUUUUAACCUUUGUUUUGAUAUUUUAACGUUAUGAUAUAUUUCGAUGUUUAGAUUGUUUAAAUGAAUAUUAAUUUUAUAAUAAAAUAUCUGAAGUUUUAUUAACAUGCAAAAUAUACUACUAAGGCUUAAGUUAAAAUUUUUUUUACACAGCCUCCUUUUUAGGAACUUACACUCAGAAGAAAGCUAAUUCGGGAGGGUGAAAAUUUUGAUGCUACUUUAACAUUAGGCUUAAGUUUAUAAUGAAUUAUGAAAUUAAUAUUUUGUACUUUAAUGAUUGUUUAUUAUUAUUAAUAUAUUAUAAUUUUUCAGGGUAAAUGGAUUUGUCUUUUUUUAUUCUUGCAAUUAGCAUGAUUGAUGAGCCUGAUUUGAUAGUGUAUAUAAGAUAUAACAUUUGCAUUGGUUGUUCCGUUAAAUGUUACAGUGUGACCAAAAGUAUAGAAUGGCGAAUUGUCUGUAGAAUUAAGUAUUUAACGAAAUGCUGGCUUAAAUAUGAUUGAUUAUUUAUUACUGUACAACCCCCCCCCCCCGCUCUCCGCAAAAAACUAGAAACAUUUCAAAACAUACACACACACACACGUUUAUAUUGUAAACAUGCUGUAAAUUGCUAUAGAAAUUUAAGGGUAUUGUAAGCAGAGAUUAUGGUAUUUGAACUUCUGGUAAUUAACAAGGAUUUUAUUUUUCAGUGAAAAUCUAAAAUUUCAGUUUGUAUUACAUUUAGGCCUAGAUGAAUACAGUUUAUCUUUAACUCGGAAACAUUUUACAAAUGAACUAAGUACUUUCUUUUACUUUGUAUCACAUUCUAAUAAAAAAAAUAUUUUACAUUGUGUUUGUUUUAAAACAAAACAACAAAAUAACUUCAUAUAUUAAGCAAGUUACUACAAAUUAUUUUCCUACCAUAAAUUACCGGACGCAUAAAUAAUACCUUCUCUGUAAUAUAUAUUAUACUCGUUAGAGACUUAAAUUUGGCUGGUAAUCAAUUCAAGGAGUUUUCUAGGAAAACCAGUGUAAAGCUGCAUUGACAUCGGAUCCGAAUCGAAAUUCGGACCGCGUUUCCGAUGCGCUGAACGCCAGCCUUCGUAUUGAUUCGAUUUGCGGAUCGGUUCGGUAGGAUUCGGUGUGAGUGCAGCCAUAGAGAAAGAAGGUGCAGCUAAAUAGUCAGAUUUUUGUUUCGUAUACGUAAGCUUUGGAAGUUAAUAAAUUAAUUAAUAGUUGUAUGUGAGCUA